CCACCCAUAGCAUUCCUCUACAAAAGCAUCCUCACAUCAUACUACCUUUAUAAGAUAUUCCAUUUGUUCAGGUGGGAGACUAACGUAAAGAAAAGGGGAAUCAUUGUGAGAAACAACAGGAAACUUGAAGAAAUCUCUCGCCACAGGUCUAGAUUAAAAGAAUGGGCUCCGCUGGUGUACAUAUUGUGUGUGUGGCAGUGGGAAUUUUAGGCCUCAUUGCUACCAUCGUAACUAUUGCUAUUCCGAAAUGGAAGGUUUCUUCUUUCACUGGACAGAACAUUAUCACUGCACAGGUUCAGGAAGAGGGUCUAUGGAUGGAGUGUGUGGUUCAGAGUACUGGACAGCAGCAGUGUAAGUCCUAUGACUCACUGCUUAUCCUGGGAUCUGACCUGCAGGCAGCCCGCGCCAUGUCCAUUAUCAGUAGUAUGCUCACUGUCCUGUCCUUGCUCAUUCUGUGCGCUGGUGCCGACUUCACCAACUGCAUUGAGAAUGAGGAUGUCAAACCCAAAGUGAGUCUGGUGUCCGCUAUUGGGCUGCUGCUCGCAGGAUUGCUGCUGAUCAUCCCAGUCAGCUGGUCUGCUAAUAAUGUGGUGCGUGAUUUCAACAAUCAAAUGAUCCCUCAAUCCCAGAAAAGAGAGCUGGGUGCCUGUAUCUUUGUGGGCUGGGCAGGAGGAGUCCUGCUGCUGCUGACUGGAGGUCUGCUAUGCUGCUUUAGCCGGCCACGCUCCGGAGGAUCUAGCGGCACCGCCAAAUACUACAGCAAUAGUGCCUCUGCUCCAAGCAAGAACUAUGUGUAGAUAAGGCUGGGUUAAGCUAAGGAGUGGCCAUAGUAAUUGAGCUGCAGUUUAAAUGUGUUUAUGUUAGUAAAAGCUUUAGUAGUAGAUUAGUAGUAAUCACAUCAACUGUUGAAAAGAGGAAAACUUCAUUCAUUAAAGUGGAAAAGGUUAAGAUCUAGAAAGAUGUAAAUAUGACUUGUUUGGAGCUACUAAACUAUUGUAUUAUGCACUCUUUCUAAAAAUGUGUUUUUGUAUCUAAUAAGUCUUUUAAAUCUUUUACAGUUUUUUACAAUUUACUGCUGUGAAUUCUGUAUCAAGAUAUUUUGAGAUAGUCUGUUGCAGAGAGGGUGGGUUCGGAGCAGCUAAUAAACAACAUGCACAUUUUAAUCAAAAUUCAGGGUUAGACAAGCUUGUGUCUAAAACACUUUAGGUCAUGUAUAUGUGUCUUACCAUUUCAAAACUGUUGCUGAACAAAUGUAUUUAUUAUCUUUGAUUAAUAAAGAAUCAGUUAUUUUACUCUGAUGCAGCAAUCCACUGCAAAUACUGUAAAUGUGCUAAAUAUUAUAACACAACUUUGAACCUUUUUGUGUUAGGUCAUAAUCAUUUCUAUUAAUUUCAUUUUCAAAUUGUUGUCUAUAAAAUUGACUGAUUUAAGUGUGUACGAAUGUGUAUGUGUACGAGUUACUAAUACAUUUUUAAUG